AAAGACUUACCCUUCGUCGUCCAAUGGAGACGCUUAUGCGACUAAUCAUCACGGCGGUUCAAAUAGGCAUACUUUCAGCGGCGGCGGCGACGGCGGCGGCGGGAGCUUCUCAAGCCUUACCGGGGUGCGAGGAGUGGUGCGGCGACGUGCAGAUUCCAUAUCCGUUCGGCAUGAAAGAAGGGUGUUAUCUGAAUGAAAAAUUCUUCAUUUCGUGUAACAAAACUCACAACGAUUCUCCAAAGGCGUUUCUACAAGGCGGCAACCUCAACGUGACAAAUAUUUCCAUCUCCGGCGAGCUGAACAUCUUGCAUUUCUGGGCCCGAGAUUGCUACCCACCAAACACCCUUCCCGAUUUAUCCACCGCGUUUCUCAACACGGAGUUCGCCGUUUCCAGCGCCAAAAACAAGUUCACCGUCAUCGGCUGCGACACCUUCUCUUUCAUCUCCGGCCUCGUCGGCGGGACCCAAUUCUACAAGAGCGCCUGCGUGGCGCUCUGCGAUGACAUCACCACCGUUAAAGACGGUGCCUGCUCCGGCAACGGCUGCUGCCAGCUGGAGAUCCCCAAAGGCCUCAACAAUUUGAACUACACAGUGAGCAGCUUCGACAAUCACACUAAUGUGCUGAGUUUCAAUCCCUGUGGGUACGCGUUUGUAAUUGAGGAAGAUAAGUUCAAUUUCUCCUCCAAAUAUAUUCGCCAUUUUCCGCUGGAGAGAGUUCCGUUGGUGCUUGAUUGGGCCAUCAGUAACAACACUUGCGAGAAUACAACCAAUUGCAUCUGUGGACCCAGCAGCCGAAAGGUUAACUUCGUCGAGGAUGGAUCGGAAUAUCGUUGCCAGUGCUCUGAUGGCUUUGAGGGGAAUCCAUAUCUCCCUCGAGGUUGUCAAGAUGUUGAUGAAUGCAAGGAUGGAAGGCAUGACUGUAAGUUUGAGUGUGUUAAUACAGAAGGAAACUAUACGUGCAAUUGUCCUGAGGGUUUUAGAGGAGAUGGAAGACGCGAGGGAGAAGGUUGCACCAGAAACUCAAAGUCUUUCGUUCAAAUCAUCGUUGGAGUUACUGUGGGGUUCACAGUUUUGUUGAUUGGGCUUACAUGGUUCUACUUGGGCUAUAGAAAGUGGAAGUUCGUCAAAUUGAAAGAGGAAUUUUUUGAGAAAAAUGGAGGCUUGAUGCUCCAACAGCAUCUUUCUCAAUGGCAAACGUCGGCCGACAUGGUCAGAAUCUUCACCCAAGAGGAACUGGAGAAGGCCACGAACAAGUACGAUGAGAGCGCAGUGGUCGGAAAAGGCGGAUACGGCACCGUUUACAAAGGAGUUUUGGAGGAUGGUUUGGUAGUUGCAAUAAAGAAAUCGAAAUUAGUGGACCAAUCCCAAACUUCCCAGUUCAUCAACGAAGUGAUGGUUCUGUCCCAAAUCAACCACCGCAACGUGGUCAAGCUCUUGGGCUGCUGUUUGGAGACGCAAGUUCCAUUAUUGGUGUAUGAGUUCAUCACGAACGGCACACUUUACGACCACAUCCAUGACAAAGCGAAUCACGAUUAUUCCCUUCCAUGGGAAGCCCGCUUGAGAAUUGCUUCGGAAACUGCGGGGGUAAUUUCGUAUUUGCAUUCCUCAGCCUCCACUCCAAUCAUCCACAGAGACAUCAAGACCACCAACAUACUAUUAGACCAAAACUACACUGCCAAAGUCUCUGAUUUCGGCGCUUCCAAGUUGGUUCCGUUGGAUCAAACUCAGCUGUCUACGAUGGUGCAAGGGACUCUCGGGUAUCUGGACCCGGAGUACUUGUUGACGAGCGAGUUGACGGAGAAGAGCGACGUGUACAGCUUUGGAAUAGUGCUUAUGGAGCUCAUAACGGGGAAGAAGGCGGUGAGUUUCGAGGGGCCGGAAGCGGAGAGGAAUCUGGCGAUGUAUGUGCUGUGUGCAAUGAAGGAGGAUCGUUUGGAAGAAGUUGUGGAGAAGGGAAUGGCGAGGGAGGGGAAGUUGGAGCAGAUAAAAGAAGUGGCAAAGGUGGCAAAAGAGUGUUUGAGAGUAAGGGGGGAGGAGAGACCGAGCAUGAAGGAGGUAGCCAUGGAGUUGGAGGGAUUGAGAGUUUUGGUUGAGAAUAAAUGGGUUAAUGACAAUAAUUUAAUCAAUGCAGAAGAGAUGGUGGCUUAUUUGUUGGAGGAUAAUAAUGGAGCUUCAGAAUCUACAUUAUUGAGCAUGAAUAAUGUUGUGGACGAUAGCAUGAAGGUUCAGAUUUUGCCACGGAUCCAUGAUGGGAGAUGAUGAAUGGGUUUGAUCAAUACUUAAAAAUUAAAUUGUUGAUUUAGGCAUUUGAUGUCAAUUAUAUUGUAGGUUCCAUAUGUAAUCAAACAAAUGUUGCAUAUAGUUGGAAUUUUAUUUCCAAACUUCACAUUA